AUGAUGGUUUGCAGGGGAGAAUGGGAAGCCACUUGGAGCAGAAAAGCUGCAGAAGAAGCUGAGACUGUGGCAGCCAUAGAAUGCUCAGGACAUGGAAAAGCAUACUUAGAUGGUGUUGUUCUUAAAGGCCAUCAACCUGGUUGUGAGUGCCAUGAUUGCUACACUGGAUCUGAUUGUUCCAAGUUCUUAUCUAAUUGUUCUGCCAAUGCUGGAAGUGGAGAUCCAUACUUUCUGGAGCCAUUUUGGACGAAACAUGCUGCAAGCAGUGGGGUUUUGGUAUCAGGGUGGCACAGAAUGGGUUACACUUACAGUGAUGGAUCAUACAUCUCACAACUAUUGCUGGACUACCUCCAAAAACUUCAUGCCAGAGUUGGAAAUGCAAUCACUGAAGGAAAGCACAUUGUAUUUGGAAGUGGCUCAACACAACUCCUCAAUGCUGCAGUUUAUGCCUUGUCUCCCAACCACUCUUCUCCAGCAAAAGUAGUAGCCACAGCACCAUAUUACCCUGUGUAUAGAACACAGACACAAUUCUUCAAUUCUAGGGAUUUCAGUUAUGAAGGAGACACUUCAUCUUGGAUAAACAAGACAGAUAGCAACUACACAUUCAUUGAGUUUGUGACUUCACCAAACAAUCCAGAUGGAAAGUUGACUAAGGAAGUUCUUGAAGGUGAUAAUGUAAAAUCCAUCAAUGAUCGUGCCUAUUAUUGGCCACAUUACACCCCCAUUCCUUCGCCAGCUGAUGAUGAUCUCAUGAUCUUUACAAUUUCAAAGCUCACAGGCCAUGCUGGUUCAAGAUUUGGAUGGGCAAUAAUAAAGGAUGAGGCAGUAUAUGAAAAGAUGUUAACAUAUUUGGAAAUGAACACCAUGGGAGUUUCCCGCGAGGCUCAGCUGAGAGCUUUAAAGCUUUUGGACGUGGUUCUCCAUGGAGAUGAUGAAAAAGAGAUAUUCCAAUUUGCAUAUUCAACCAUGACAAAUCGUUGGAAAAGGUUGAAAGAAACCAUAUCUAAAUCAAAACGUUUUUCUCUUCAGAAACUUUCUCCCCAAUACUGCACCUUCUUCAAGAGGGAAAGAGAUCUAUCACCAGCUUACGCUUGGUUGAAGUGUGAGAGAGAAGAAGACAAGAAUUGCUAUGAAAUCCUUGAAGCUGCUGGCAUCAAUGGUCGUCAAGGAAGUGUGUACAGUGCUGAUAAUCAUUACGUGCGUCUCAGUCUCAUUAGAAGCCAAGAUGACUUUGAUAUACUCAUAAACAAGCUCAACACACUUGUUGCUAAACACUAG